AUGGACCAGGAGCUGCCCCACACCAAACAGCUCUGGAAAUUUUUCAGCCGGUACGUCUUCACAAUUGCCUCUCAAGUUGCUUAUACCCAGCAUGCAGAAAGCUCAAAUGAGUGCUACUCCCCAGAACCCAAGGGCCACUUUUUGGAGGCUGGAAGCUCACGAUCAUGCUGCCAGUUUGGUUGGGUUUUGGUGAAGGCCCUCUUCUGGAUUGCAGACUGUGGACUUCUCACUAUGUCCUCCCCGGGUGGAGGGGAACUCCAAGCUGCAACUGAACCAGAUGAAAUAAAGUAUGUCUUAGCAGAGGGAGGCACCCUGAAUAUGAAAUGUACCACCUCCACCUGGAAGUACACCCAUAGCCAGAAAGCUUGGCAGAAGCUUAUGGAUAGAGAGAAGCCCCUGACACUGAUUUUCACAGAGAGUGUUUCAGGGGAUACCAGUCAAGUCCGGAGAGGCAGGUACUUCCUAGAAGACAUCCCCAGUGAGGCCAUCCUGAACGUCCAAAUGACUAAUCUUCAAGUGGAGGAUUCAGGACUGUAUCAGUGUGUGAUCUACCACCCUCAGAAGGACCCUGACAUCCUGUACCCCCGUGUCCGCCUGGUGGUGACCAAGGGCAUCACUGCAUCAGACAAGCGUCCUACCCAGAACUUGGCUCAGAUUUCCACCCAUCCUCCUACCACUACCAAGGCCCAGAGCACGCUUCUUGCCAGCCCCAGGACUGUGACCCAACUCCCACCCAAAUCAACUGCUGACACCUCCUCUCCUGACUUUGGAGUCAACAUCACAAAUGUGACGAAUGUCACCAGCUAUGGUUUCAGGUUCUCUGUGAUCAACAUUGUCAUUCUUGUGCUGUGUGGACUCCUGAGCAAGAGCCUGGUCUUCACUGUCCUGAUUGCUGUCACACAGAGGUCAUUUGGACCCUAGGCUGGUGAAGCCAUGAGAAUGACCUCUGAUUUCUAACCACAUCCCUCUGGCAAUUGUCCUGGAGGAGAGCUGUGAGGGGGAAGGGAAGGAAGGGCAAUGCCAUGAGUUGAAUCUGUAACAGGUUAUUUCUAAGGCUCAGGUCCCACCUUCCCACCCUGCCAGCUCUCCUCAUUACAUUAAUAACAUUGGGUAUGUGUUUUGCCCAUUCAGAAGAGAAGAUAGAGCUGCAAACAUGCCUGUUCUACUAGUGGUUCAGGA